CAUUAAAAUUUUCACGAUGUUUUAGUUUACAGCCAUGGAGGAAAGAGUGACAAAGUCCGAAAUUGCAUCCUUCUAUAGAGACAAGACCAUCUUUAUCACCGGCGCUUCCGGCUUCAUGGGUAAAGUUCUCUUGGAGAAAUUGCUAUACCGUUGUUCUGAUCUCGACAAAAUCUACAUUCUCAUGCGAAGCAAGAGAGGCCGCAGUGUCGAAGCCCGGCUCGACGAGAUGUUCAAGUUACCUCUGUUCCAAAGAUUGCGGAAUGAGAAACCUCAACAAUUUAAGAAAGUGAUACCGAUAAAUGGCGACGUAUGUUUACCCAAUUUAGGCCUUACCGAUAAACAGCGUAUGCUUCUAACGGAGGUACACGUGGUAUUCCAUUUCGCCGCGACACUUCGAUUGGAGGCAAAAUUGAAGGAUGCCAUCGAGAUGAACACGACAGGUACAAAAAAAGUACUGGACUUGGCAAAAGAAAUGAAGCAUCUAGAGUCCUUCAUACAUUUAAGCACGGCCUUCUGUCACGUCGACCAAGAGGAACUUGGUGAACGUACCUACGAUUCGCCUGAUGAUCCUCAGGAUAUCAUGAGACUUGUUCAGUGGUUAGACAACGAGAGUAUCGAUCUUAUUACACCCAAAUUACUUCAUCCACAUCCAAACACUUACACGUAUUCGAAACGUUUGGCUGAAACAUUGGUGACCAACGAAUACCCCAAUAUACCUUGCUGUAUUGCUAGACCAUCGAUAGUAAUACCUACUUACGCGGAUCCAAUGCCAGGAUGGGUCGACAAUUUGAACGGACCGACAGGAUUGCUUAUCGGUUCGGGCAAAGGUGUCAUCAGAUCAAUGCACUGCAACGGCGAGUAUCACGCCGAAGUUAUACCAGUCGAUUUCGCGAUUAACUCCGUAAUUACGAUUGCGUACAAACUUGCUACCGAGCAAAAAGCAAAAACUAUACCCGUAAUUAAUAUAACGCAAAGCAAUGUAAGACCUAUCACCUGGGGAGAAAUAUUAGAGAAGGGCAGAGAUAGUCUUCAUAAAUAUCCAUUUGAGGGACAAAUUUGGUAUCCGGACGGCGAUAUACGUAGCAGCAGAUUUGUGCAUAAUCUCUUCGUUUUCUUCUUUCACAUUCUCCCUGCGUACUUGAUUGACUUUCUGAUGUUAAUAUUUCGACAGAAAAGAUUUAUGGUCAAAAUCCAGAAGCGAAUCUCAGACGGGCUCGAAGUGUUGCAAUAUUUCACCACAAGAGAAUGGAUAUUUUAUAAUGAUACAUUUGUUAAAAUGCAUAACGAAUUAGCCCCAGUCGACAAGGAAAUCUUUCCAAAUAUAGAUUACGAUAUCGAUGUAACUGAGUAUCUCAAAAACAUUAUUCUUGGCGCACGGCAGUAUUGCAUGAAAGAGGAUUUGUCUACCUUGCCGAAAGCCCGUCGACAUCAAAAAAUAAUGUACGUUGUCCACAUUACAACGGUGUAUUUAUUCUACUUCGGCGUAUUAUAUUUUACUUACAACAAUGUUGGAGUAGUGAAGAUCUGCCUGGAUUAUGUCACUGAGAUAAUAAAAUCGCUACCGCUUAUAGGCGGUUUAUUACAGAAGAUGCAUCUCUAAUUAUACACGCUCUAUGUUUAUUGAGUUACAUGCACAUGUGGAAUAUAGACGAGCAGACGAGAAACGUUAGUUUCUCUGACGAUAAUCUACUGCGUCUCUCCUUUGAACCAUUUGUAAUUUGGGACAUAAAUUAUGAUGGGAAAGCAAUUUCAACAUAACAUCAAUAUGGAAAAUGCUAUUGUUGAUAUUAGUUGUAAAUUCAAUGUAGAAACUAAAUUAUUAUGUCGCAGGUGUUUGAAAAAACUGACUAUCUGCAUUAGUUUUAAACUCUCAAUCAAAAAUGUAGAUUUUUAGGAAACUCCAACAAAAUAACAUGUGCGAAGUACAAUACGUAAUAUAUAGGAACUUUUUCUAUACUGUAUAGAUUCGAUAUAAAAAUAUAUCGCUACAUUAUCCGAUACAUAUGUACAAGCAUAUCUAAUGGAAUAAAGGUUUAUGUGAUAUAGGUAUGUAUUGUUCAAGAAUAAGAAAUUUAAUACUAACCCAUUGUUAUAAUAAAAAAAUUAAUCUAAAA